AAAUAAAGUAUGUAAUCAUUUAUGACGUGGCGCAGCCAUUUUUCUGUUGCUGUACCCUGGCUUGUACGAACCGCGUACUUGCUUUUUUAAACUACUGAUUUAGCAUUUUAGAAUCACUCAUCAUCGCCUAUGUUUUGAGGUUUUGUAGAUUGACAAUACAUCCAAGAUGUGGAGGGGAAUUUUAAGAUUAUCUUGUGUCCUUUCUGCCGUGUUUCUGACUGUUAAAGCAGAUGAACACACCCAUACAUACACAACAAAAGAGGAAGUUGUAUUAUGGAUGAACACCGUGGGACCAUACCACAACCGACAAGAAACCUAUGGUUUCUUUUCCCUACCUUUCUGCCGAGGACCCAAGAAAGACAUCAGUCAUUAUCAUGAGACAUUGGGAGAAGCACUACAGGGAACUGAGCUGGAAUUCAGUGGACUGGACAUAGAUUUUGCAACUGAUGUACCACAGACCAAGUACUGUGAGGUUGAGAUGUCAGAGGAUUCUUACAAAGCCUUUGUAUAUGCUGUAAAGAAUCAUUACUGGUAUCAGAUGUACAUAGAUGACCUCCCCAUCUGGGGCAUUGUUGGUGAAGUUGACGACAACCCAGAGAAGGGACCAGACUAUUACAUUUGGACACACAAGAAACUGGACAUUGGUUACAAUCUGAACCAGAUAGUAGAUGUCAAUCUGACGAGUGAGGUUAAGGUCAAACUGGAAAAGGGCAACAAAAUUCCAUUCACAUACCAGGUGAAUUGGAAGAAGUCUUCAGUGAACUUCAAGAAACGUUUUGAUAAAUACUUGGACCCCAAUUUCUUCAACCACAGGAUUCACUGGUUCUCCAUCUUCAAUUCCUUCAUGAUGGUCAUCUUCCUUGUGGGUCUGGUCUCCAUGAUUCUUAUGAGGACACUGCGCAAGGACUAUGCCAGAUACAGCAAAGAUGAUGACCUGGAUGAUAUGGAACGUGAUCUGGGUGAUGAGUAUGGAUGGAAGCAAGUGCAUGGUGAUGUAUUCAGACCUGCAUCUCAUCCCAUGCUGUUCUCUGCUCUGAUUGGUAGCGGUUAUCACAUGGCCACUGUAGCUCUUGCUGUCAUCGUACUUACACUCUGGGGACAUCUAUACACAGAUCGGGGGUCCAUCCUUAGCACCAGUAUCUUUGUGUAUGCAGCAGCAGCACCUGUCAAUGGCUACUUUGGUGGUGGUCUGUACUCAAGAAUGGGAGGCAAAGUGUGGAUCAAGCAGAUGUUACUGAGUGCCUUUCUGCUGCCCUUCCUUGUGUGUGGCCUGGCUUUCUUCAUCAAUUUCAUAGCUAUUUAUUACCAUGCAUCCCGAGCCAUCCCCUUUGGAACUAUGGUGGCUGUGACGUGUAUCUGCCUAUUCGUCAUCCUUCCUCUCACUCUUGUUGGCACCAUAGUUGGCAGAGCUAUAGCUGGUCAGCCCAACUUUCCAUGCCGGGUCAAUGCUGUACCAAGACCCAUCCCUGAGAAGAAAUGGUUCAUGGAACCUGCAGUUAUUGUCAUGCUUGGAGGAGUACUGCCAUUUGGCUCCAUCUUCAUUGAAAUGUAUUUCAUCUUCACUUCAUUUUGGGCCUACAAGAUCUACUACGUCUUUGGCUUCAUGCUCCUAGUCUUCUUCAUCUUGGCUAUUGUCACAAUAUGUGUUACCAUCGUCUGUACAUACUUUCUUCUAAAUGCGGAGGAUUAUCGCUGGCAGUGGACAAGUUUCUUAGCAGCAGCAUCCUCGGCGCUUUACGUCUAUCUCUACUCUUUCUACUAUUUCCUGUUUAAAACAAAAAUGUAUGGCUUGUUUCAGACGACAUUCUACUUUGGUUACAUGGCUCUGUUCAGUAUAGCACUUGGUAUCAUGUGUGGUACCAUGGGAUACGUCGGGACAAGCACCUUUGUCAGGAAGAUCUACUCCACUGUUAAAAUUGACUGAGAUCAACAACCGUUUGUAUGUUGGAAGAUGUCUUGAAAGCUCGGACUAAUUUAUAAUAUCCCCCAAACCUGUGCCUACAUGUACACAUCAUCUUAAUCUGCAUUCACAUUCUUGUACACCCCUGUCUGUUUGCUGAAUUGAUAUUAUGUUUACACGUUUGAACCAGAUUCAAAACCAUUCAAAUUUGAAUGUUAAAUGGAACCCAAACUUAAAAAUGGGACCUUUUAAAUGUGCCAAAGGCCUUUCAGAUCCUUCUACAAAGAAUCAAGACGGUCUGUAAACUUUUUUAUUUUACAAAGCACUUCAAAGCACCUCAGUCACCCCAGGAAUUCAUACAUAUUUCAAUGACUGGCAACUAUUAAUGAGCCACCAUACAUACUGUACACAGUCUUUUGCAUUUGAUGUUACAUGUAUGUGUCUCUGGGCUAAGAUCAAUGCAUGCGUACUGAGGCAGGCGUCAGCCUGUGUAAAGCGUUGGCCAAACAUUUGAAUGUUUAAACAGUGCAUGAAAGUUUCACUAACUGUUAAACAACAUAGAUUCCCAUCCUCACUUACUUAUUUAUAGGGUUUGUGUACAGACGUGUACUGUUGGGGCAAUUCAGUGUCAGUUUAAUUCACUGUAUGUGAACUAGAAGAAAGUCAUACGAUGUCAAUUCUUUUAUUUGUUUUAUGUUAUUUUGGGUUUUUUUUAGCACAAUGAGAAACUGUUGGAUAUUGGGUAAUAAGGUUUAAAGACGUUAACAUGAUGGUUUCACUAUUUUUUCAAUUCAAACAAUGUUGUUGGGAAAACCAAAAUAUAAUCAAUUAUUC